AUGGCCACCACCGCGGCGGGUCGCAGGAUUCAAGGCACGGAGCGAACCGAAAUUGCAGAAGAACUUCGAAGGCGAGUUGCCGGUGAAGUACGCUUUGAUCCCUUUUCUCGCGUGUUGUACAGCACCGACGCCAGCAUUUACCAGAUGGAACCCGUGGGCGUUGUUAUUCCCCGCAGCGCUGAAGAUGUGCUGGCAGUGGUGGACUUGGCCAGCGAGAACGAAAUACCAGUGCUCCCCGCGAGCGGGCGGUACAGGACUGGCUGGCCAAUCGGUUAA